AUGCCACUUCUACUGCUACAACUACUACUCCUUCUUCUCUUAUAUCAACAGCGAUCUACAAACGUUGCAGCGAAUCAAGUUACCAAGAUGGGGAAAUAAUACGGGUGAACAAGGCAUACACUACCAGCUUUAUUAUUUUGUAUCUUCUUACAUUCAAUCCUCAUCGAAGGAAAACUACUAUGAUGUACGGAGAAUGAUAUUUUGGUUUCCAUUUCGUAAAGUAAUUUGAAAAAACAAAAACAAAACGUAUAUUGAAAUCUAUUUGGAAACGAUCUCUCGCCCCUACUACCCAGCAUCCUUAUUGCAUUGUCACCUCACUACCUUCUAUUAUGACUAUUUUUACCAGAUUCCUCUCAUUGGAGCCGUGUUUCGGUGUACUUUAAAAACAAGUUUUACGUGUAAACACACACACACACACAUGUACAUCUACACACACAUGACACUUGCAGUUCCUUCGCAAAUACAUUGUAAAUUGAAUUUUAUUAUUAAUUUACAUCGACCCGUGCUUUAAAUAUUUUGUAAACAACGACACUGUUUUGAUUCGACCACAACAUUCUCUUUCCUUCUUCUAUCUCCCUUUUAUUUCAUUUAUUUAUUUAUUAUUAUUUUUUUUUUUUUUUGCUUUUGUAAAGAACUCUGGAGACAAAGUUGUGUAAUGUGUGGGUGUGGAUUGUAUUGAGGUUUGAGCAUCAUUAAUGGUGGUGGUAAUUGGUUGCAAUGGUGGUGGCAGUCCUUUGUUAAAACAGGAAUCAGAAACCAAAAUAAUUAAGACUUAACACAGACAUUUCACUAAUCCCUUCCAUCGCGUAAUGCCAGCCCACAAGCACAACCGCCAUAACCGCACACGUGAGGACGAACACAAUAACAAUGUUGACGAACAACAACAGUAUCAGCAGGAUAUCGGAUUGGGCGGAGGAGGUCAACAGCACAACAACAAUUACAACAACCAACAACAAGGCCAGGGCGCCAACGACAAUCAAAGCACCAGCAACCAAUGUUGUGUGCCUCACGGAUGCAGCGACAUUAAGGAUUUAAUAGACCCUUCCGACCCGUGCGAUGCAGUUAGAGUUGUGUGCAAUAAUGAAAACUGCACCGUUGGUCAGUGGAUGCACAAACUCUGUUUUGAAACAUGGGAGCAAGGAGUGUUGGCCUACCUUCGAUCAUGCGGUCGAGCCCGCAGCUGGAGCGAGAAGCAGAGGCUGCAAAACCUCUGGACCAAAAAAGGCUAUGAUUUGGCUUUCAAAGCCUGUGACUGUAGAUGCAGCCGUGGUCACCUGCGCAAAGACCUCAACUACAUCCCGCCACCGCAGAAUGACAACGCCAAGAAGAAUCGCAAACAUAAAAAGAAAAACGACAAACCUAUUGCUGUAAUGACCAGUAAAAGCGGGAUGAAUCCGAACCAUAACUCUAACACACACGGUAGCCGACUUAGAACCAACAGUAUUAGUACUGGCUCCAGUCCGCCAAACAACUAUUUAUCGAGUUCUCCGACCACUCCAGCUGGAUCACCAUCUCAGACUAACAAUGUAAAUAAUCAGUUAAAGAAAAACAAGCCUGAAAACGGAGAUUCUGUAGUUGCUGGAAACACUAUAUGUGGCAGUGGUGGAUAUAGCACUGGCAAUGAGGUUAGUGGAAGCAUAUUUAAACGAAGAAAUGACUUGUCUGCUUUUAAAAAUUUGCGUCGUUAUAAACAAAACCCGUAUUAUAUAAAGAUGGAGGACGAAUGCUCGCAUGGAAACGAUGAUACAAGGAUCUUCGUGCUGUCAACUCUUAGCAUCCACAAAAUGGGAUCCUUACCAUGCGUGCUCUGCAGAUGUGAACUACCCGUCUUCGAUCGUUAUCCACUCAUAGAUGGAACUCUGUUUCUCUCUCCAGAACCCUACCAAAAAAAUACGGUGAAAGAGACAACCCAUGUAAAUAGCAUCGGUGGAGAUUCGACUGACACCAACUAUCAACAUCACCAAAUUCAAGUUGUUUUUGAUGGGAAACCUCAAUAUCUUAACGCCGUCUGUAUUCAUUGUUUGGAAGGCAAGACAGAUAUACGAUGCUCAGCCUGCAAGAAAAGGUGGGAUGGGAGUACACUUUUAUUAGGUACCAUGUACUCUUACGACAUUUUUGCUGCUAUGCCGUGCUGUCCGAAACGUUUAACAUGCAGGCACUGUUGCAGAGCUGUGGUCGAUGUUACUACGGGUUUACCUUACUACAGUGAGUACAGCCAUAUAAUAGAAUGUCCAUACUGUAAAAUCAAAGACUAUCACUUUAUAAGGCCAUUACAUGAAAUAUUUUUGGUUAAAACACCUAUAUGGAACUAAAAAAAAACAUAAAAUUUUUGUCGAAACUUUCCGUAUUUAAAAAAAUACGCAACAAACAUUUUUCCAUCCCAUAAUUAUUACGGACACAUUUUUAACGUAAUUAAGAAUAUCAUUCUAAAUGUUUCUUAUAUUUUUUUUAAAGCUAUAACCUUUUUUUGACAUGCACUGAAAAAUAUAUAAUUGUGCAUGAGAAGAAUAUAUAAUUGUGUACAGUA